GUGCUUUUGGUAGUGCUGUGUUGUACCGUCGCAAGGAAGAUGAAGUAAUGGUUAUCAUCAAGGAGAUCAACAUGCUGGAACUCUCAGCUUCUGAGCGUCAGAUGGCUCUCAACGAGGUUAAUGUUCUGGCAAUGUUGGACCAUCCUAACAUUAUCAGCUACAUGGACAGCUUCGAGAGGGACACAGUGUUGUGUAUAGAGAUGGAGUACGCUGAUGGUGGCAGCCUGGCUCAGUACCUCACACAGAGAGUCAAGCGUAUUGAUGAACUGGAGAUUCUUAUCUUGUUCCACCAGAUAGUCUCUGCUCUCUCUUACAUGCAUCAACACCACAUUCUACACAG